UGAAGAGCUCACUCAGUAUUCCGCUGUCCGCCGAGCCGUCGACACCGCUCGCACAGUUUCACCUCGAACAAUUCCAAGAAAAAAAAAUAUUUCAUCGGUCGUCUGCCGAAAUGGAUUAUUGUUUUUGUAAUUUUCAAGUGUUCUGAGUGUUGUUCUUUUGUGUUGACAAUUUAAUUCUGGAUGAUUUGUGACGGCAUUUAACAAUUUAUUUAUUCCGGCAUAAAGGACAACAUGGCGAUUUUGCGAAUACUCACAGUGUUAUGUGCAUCAUGGGCAUUAGCGGAAUCAAAGUGGUAUCAUCAUCAAAAACGAGAAAUCGAGAGAACAUCAAUAUGUGAAUCUAUGGUAAAUAGCACGAACAAGGUUCUUUGUUACUGUGUAAGAAACAGCCUCAAACCAGAACAAUUUAGAAGCGCUGAAUGCUAUUUAGCAACAGAAGGUGUUAAACCAGAUGACCCUAGUUGGGAUGGAUUUGAAGUACUAGAAAACGCCACUAAACUUACUCUAACAAACACCAGAGGAAUUCUUCUUAAAUAUGUACCCACAAAAGCUUUACAGCAUACCAAAUCGUUAGCUAGGCUAAUUAUCAAAUAUGGGAAUAUAGAAAAAAUUGAAGCUUUUGCAUUUUCUAACUUAACCAACUUAGAAGAAAUUAUUGUGAGGGAUAACAAUAUUAAAAUACUUGAAAAGAAUGCAUUUGCUCAUCAUAAGAAUGUUUCUAUUAUAAGUAUGGAUAUCAAUGAUAUAGAAGAAAUAAAUAGAGACGUAUUCGUUGACUUGCCAUCAGUUCAGAAAAUAUUUUUAACUGGAAAUAAAAUAACAACAAUACAUGAUAAGGCAUUUGUUCAUUUAACCAAUCUAAAGGAAUUGGAAAUCGAUAAAAACAAACUGUUUAGUUUGAAUAGUGAAACUUUUUCUGGAUUGUCUAACUUAAUAAGAUUGGACUUAAGUAGCAACAGUUUGGAAGUUAUUGGCGAUAACACGUUUAUCCAUCUCGUGAAUCUUCGUUCUUUGAAUUUGGAUGGAAAUCAAAUUCAAAUGUUAGAUGAAAAAGCAUUCCAUGGACUUGGGAAAUUACAUUCUCUUUCAUUAGCUCACAACAAAUUAAUGAACAUUGAUAAUGUAAGAACUUUUGAGGGAUUGGAGAAUUUAAAAACUUUAAGUUUAAAAGAAAAUCUGAUCCAAAAAAUAAAAGCAGACGUUAUGACUCCGAUAAUAAACAACUUUUAUAGCUCCUCAAGUUUCUUGGAUUUUGAUGGUAACAAAUUUCCUUGCGACUGUCAACUAGAUUGGUUCCUAUCGUUAAAGUAUAAGACUCAAAAUGAAAUUUUAAGAAAUAGCCUUAUAAAUAUAAAAUGUGUACCAAGUGACGCUCUACGUGACGAAUGGAACAAGGAUUUGGAUAAAGAAAAAAAAGAAGAGGUAAUUGAAGAAGAAGAGCAACAAUCACAAAACGCAGAAUACGAAUAUUACGAUGAAACGCAACUAAAUGGAACUCUAUUCUAUACUGAUGUACGGUAUCUAUUGAACUGCACUGGUCCUGAUUAUACUGUUACAGUAGACAACAAUCAAGCAGUAACAGAUAACAAUAAUGUUAUCGUCACCAAAGUAACUUCUAGUCCAAAACCUAUAUCUACAACAGUAUCAAUAAGUACUGUGAAACCAAUAUUAACGACACAAUUUCAAACGUCCAAAUUAGAUCGAGGCUUCGUAGAUUCAUCCAUCAUAGAAAGUACAACAAAGAAUGUAGCCACAGUAAUAUAUGCAGAUAAUGUUAAUAAAAUAGGACUUUCGAAUGAUAUAAUAGUAACUAAUGGAGAGAAUAAAAAGAAACAAAGUCCAACCACCAGUCGUUUGGCUACAGUUUCAGCUAAACCUAUUGAAAAUAAAGAUUUUGAUGACCGCGACAUGGCUUCGGAUGAAGCUAAACCAGACAAACUGAAAGCCCAUAGAAGUUAUCAAGAAGAGGUAGAAGCCAAAGUUAAUAAAGCGCAAAGAAAUAUUGGCUGUGUGCCGUGGCUCACCUCAUUAAUAUUUAGUUUUAGGUUAUUUUUGUAUUAAGCUAAAUAAAGUAUUCUUGCGCUAAUUAGUACCUACAUAAUUGUAAGUAAUAUUAUAAGUUGCAAUCUCACAGUCAUUAAAAUAAAUUGCUAUUAAGAUAUUGAAAUUUUGUUUAACUUAGCAAUAAAAUGGUAACAAAUACUUGCAAGAUAAUAUAAUAAUGUACUUAUCACAUCAACUAAACAACAGUACAAUGCAAAGACCAUAAUCUUGUUGGCAAUCCUAAAGAUGAAACAAUACAGUAAUACAUAAGUAGAAAUUAAACUGUAGCAGGUAAUAUAUUAUCAUGUAAAACGGCCAUUAAACGAUUUUGAAAAGUUGUUUAAGCACGAAAUAAUAUUACAACUACUGCUGUCUGCUGCCAUGCGAUUAGCUAGAUAUUUUUACAGAUGUUUAUUAUAAGCUUAACCAAUAAUUAAAGUGUUUACUUCUGUUAAUGAACACUGUAACAUUUCGUAAAUGAAUAAAAUUUCCUAAAUAUGUAAACGUGAAAAAACACCUGUGAAACUAUUGUAUUUAGUAACUUGAAAUGGUUGGGAAUAAUAGUGCAUGGUGGGUCUCCAGGGGCCUGUUUCAUGGAACUACUCUGCAACUUUGCACUCCCAACUCUGCCAUGUAUAUUGCAGUGUUGAAAUUGCAGUUUGAAAAUUACUUAGAACUUAGAAUGAUAUUUUAAAUUCUAUUUUCUCUGUGUCUCAAGUUGUAAUACUAAUAGUUUAAAAUUCGUUUGAAGUAUUAGAAUUUUAAUAUCUACAAGACAUAAAAUAAAUAAGAAGAUAAAAAAAAUUAUAUAAUUUUGAAUUCCAUCAAAACUUUGAAAAUAAAUGAAAAGAAAAAAUGAGUUUAUUACUUUUAUUGAUGGAAUAAGAUAUAUUGGAGAUUUGCCGCAGCGUAGGUGUGCUUGCAUUUUUUUUAUGCAACUUAGAAUGGUAAACAAGCUGACGGUCCACCUGAUAGAAAGGUAGUAACCGUCGCCUAUAGACAUGAGUGUUGCCAUUCCUGAGGACUCAAGUGUUAUUCCUCAAUACCCUGUAAAUUCACUGCUAUAUCCCACCCUUUAAAUCGAAACUCAGCUAUGCAGCCACAGCUACUUCACGGUAAAAACACGAAUGGGAUAGAGGUGCUCAAGCAAUCGCCUUUUGUAUAAAGUCUCUCUUUGGUAAAUUGCAUGGUUAUGAUUCGAUUUAAAGAUUACGACACACUAAUGAAAUUACAGGGUACGGGAGUAUAACACCAUCGUCCUUAGGAAGAGCAUCAUGUAACACCAUGAGAAUUAUGCAAUGAUUAUGGUAUUGAUCAUAUUAGUGGACGAAGUUAUCACUUUUCACAGGGUGAAUUUAUUUAUGUCAUUCCUUACCAUUCCUCGUUGCAGCUUCAUUUUAAGAUUUUUAGAAAGACAAAUGAGUAAAUGGUCUAUCUACAGAUACAGUAACCCUACUUGAAAUAAAUACUAAUAAAUCGAUAUUGGAAUUGAAACGUUUUGUACUCUCGAAUUGAAAUACUAGCGACAUGUUUCUAUACUGUUUUGAUAGAGGCGUGCAACUUGCCAGUGCAAACUUUUGCAAACAGAUCCCAAAUUUUAAAGUAAUUCCUAACUGUAUGUAUGCAUUUAUACUGUACAUUUGUACUGUACGUGAAUUAACUGGGUACAGAGGAAUAAUACCCGUGUCCUCAGGAAUGGCCACGAAUGGUGGGUAUCAUGGACGAAACAGUAUACUCUGUUAUGUCCAUGCUACUGCUCAUGUCUAUAGGCGACGGUUACCACUUUACAUCAGGUGGGCCGUCAGCUUGUUUGCCAUUCUAAGUCGUAUAAAAAAAAAUACUGUACUCAUGAAAUAACAGUUUCAUGAGUGGAGUACAAAUUGUCAUUGAUAUUGAAUCGAUAUUAGAUUCAAGAGUAGGCCCGCUGAAGGCAAGUAAGAAGGGUUGCCUGGAAGAGAUCGCUCUUAGCGAUAAGGUCGCCCAUUGUUUUCUCAUUGUGAUUAUUUCUUGUAAUUAUUUAUAUUUAUAAUAAGUUUACUAUUGUAAUCUUUUGGAGGAAACAAUAAAGAGUAUCUAUCUAUCUA